GCCAAGGACUUGCAUUCACCGAUUGAGACGCUUUAAAGAAACUAGCAACUUCGGGUAAGUUAUAGUUAUAGUUGAUCUUUUGGCACAAACUUUCCAAAGCAGAAAAGCUCGGCAGGAAGUUAUUAAGUUUAAAUAAAUACAAGUUUGGUUCGAGUAUACGAGUAUAUUAUAAGUACCUACUGUAACAAAAAUAAGAAAUAAAACCGCCAAGUUUAAGAGGUAAAUUGAGAUAAGUGUCAAUUAAGUUUACAAUCUAGCACAAACUUCCUCUUUUUCGACCCACACCUAUUGUCCCACAUUCAGUAAAAAAUGUCUCCUGUGUGUAUUGUCCUCCUGGUGUUCGUUUCCAUUCCGUGCGAAGGUCGUGAAGGGGUCGGGGGCUCUGACCAAGACUGGGGUUACAUAACGGUGCGUCCAAAUGCCCAUAUGUUUUGGUGGUUGUAUUACACCACGUAUAAUAAUGUUUCCAAUUACACUGACAGAUCAUUAAUCAUUUGGCUGCAAGGCGGGCCUGGAAUGCCAGCCAGCGGUUUUGGGAAUUUUCUCGAAAUAGGCCCUCUUGACGCGAAUUUUCAGGGGCGGGAGGGGUCAUUUAUCGAAAAUUUUAAUGUUUUGUUUAUUGAUAAUCCAGUGGGGGUGGGGUUCAGCUACAUUUCCGACAAUGAGACUAGAAUGGUCACUAAUGGAGGCGGAGGCGAAACCGCUGAGGAUUUAUACAAUUUCUUGAAAAUUUUUCUCGACGAGACGCAUCCGGAAUUUAAAAAUGUGCCUCUUUACGUUUUUGGGGAAUCAUACGGCGGAAAAAUGGCAACUGAAUUUGUUUACAGAUUGAAACAGAAGGAAAAAUUUGAAAAUUUAACUUUGUGCAAUUUGAAAGCACUUGCGCUGGGCGGCGCUUUCAUAUCUCCGAUCAGUUACAUAAGUAACUACGCUGCUAUAGCCUUUCAUUUGGGAUUAGUCAAUAAGCGGGUUUCCGCACGAAUUGAUGAAUUGACUAAACAAAUUCAAGUUUUAAUUAACAAAGAGGCGUAUGAGGAGGCAUCGGAUAUUUAUGACAACAUCCUGAACGAGUUGGAUCUCAUUCUGAAUGUGGAUUUCCAUAACAUUGUGCGCAAAAUUAACGCGACUUGGAUGACCGACUUUCAAAAAAUUACAAGCACGUUGGAACAUGUCAUGAAUAGUAAAGUCAAAGACAAACUAAACAUUACAGCAGACGUUUAUUGGGAGUACAACUCAGACGUCUACAAUUCCAUAAAAGGAGAUGUACUGAAAAGUGUCACGGACAAAAUUGAGACGAUUCUUAACACAACUGACGUAAAAGUUCUUGUUUAUAACGGAAUGCUUGACUUCAUAGUAAAUACCGCAGGCACGGUGACUUGGUUAGACGAUUUAAACUGGACAGGGAAAGAAAAGUGGUCAACUCAGAACGAGACCGUGUUUAAAAUAAAUGAUGUAAUUGAAGGGUACUCCAAGAGGGUUGAUAAUUUAGUGUUUUAUGUAGUUUUCAGGGCUGGACAUAGUGUGCCUGCAGAUAAUUUGCUUGCAAUGAAUGAAAUCUUGCGCAAGGAGAUAUUGGAUGAUUUGUAAAUGAUUAUUCAAUGCUCCGUCUUAGGCAAAGUAGGUAAAUUGUUUCAACGAUGCUUAGAAUAGACGCCCCAAUGAACAGUCCUGCUGUUCCUCCAAUUGAUACUAAAGUUCUUGUAAAUUGUGUUGUACGAAGAGGACCUGACUUACCUACUAAGUCCAUCGUAGUCCUUACAACAAUACGUUUAAAACGUGAUGUCGGUAAUGACUGCAAGUUAAUAAAAAUCUCACCAUGGGAACUUUUAACUCUGAAAAGUAGCAAUAAAGAGCAAGAUUUUA